AUGUCGUCCCGGCUCGCCAGUAUCAGGCGGCCACUGGUCGCCUCUGCGGCAGUUCUCGCCACGGUAACCGGAGUCGGCAUUGCCUACAGAUCUCGCAGCGGCAACGAGCCCGUCAAGAUGCCACUUGCAGCUAUCCAACGCGAUCACAAUGGCAAGAUCCAGCCGCCUUCAUUUCCCACGCCCAAGUCUCGGGCUCAGCAGCUCGCCGACCUACGCCGCAAUGGGUCGACCGACACUCAGGAGGAGUAUGACCUUCUCGUCAUUGGCGGCGGCGCAACAGGAACCGGAAUUGCUCUCGAUGCCGUCACUCGCGGCCUCAAAGUCGCUCUCGUCGAGCGCGACGACUUCUCCUCUGGCACCAGCUCCAAAAGCACGAAGCUAGUCCACGGCGGCGUCCGCUACCUCGAAAAGGCCGUCUGGAACCUGGAUUACUCCCAACUGCAGCUAGUCAUGGAGGCUUUGCACGAGCGCAAGGCUUUUCUAGAAAUUGCGCCACAUCUUUCUAGCUCAUUGCCUAUUCUGUUGCCAAUGCAACAUUGGUGGCAGGCUCCGUACGUGUACGCCGGCACGUUCGUCUACGACCUCCUCGCUGGAUCUCGAGGUCUUGAACGUUCGUAUUUGUUGAGCAAGAGCAAAGCGGUCGCUCAAUUUCCUAUGCUGCGUCGCGACAGUCUAGUUGGCGCCGUGGUGUAUCAUGACGGUCAGCAUAAUGACUCGAGAAUGAACAUUUCACUAGCAAUGACUGCAUCGCUCUACGGUGCUACGGUCCUCAACUAUGUCGAGGUUACGGGUCUGGAAAAGGACUCGAACGGCAAGAUUCACGGUGCGAAGAUGCGCGACACUCUGGCUUCUUCCAGCGAGGAAUUCACCGUCCGAGCAAAGGGGGUUAUCAAUGCCACCGGACCAUUCGCAGAUGCCAUUGAGCAUAUGGACGACCCGUCUCGGAAGGAUUUGGUGGCUCCGUCCUCUGGAGCCCAUAUCAUACUUCCCAAGUCAUUGUGCCCUAACAAAAUGGGCAUGCUACACGCGUCUUCAGAUGGACGAGUCAUCUUCAUUCUUCCCUGGGAGGGACGCACUCUUGCAGGGACAACUGACAACCCUUGUGAGAUUGAGCGAAAUCCGGCUGCGCGAGAUGACGAAGUGGACUUUGUCUUGAAAGAGGUCAGCAAGUUACUGUCGCCGGAUUCAGUUCUCACGAGGUCUGAUGUCCUUGCAACCUGGUCGGGCAUCCGACCUCUGAUCAUGGAUCCUCGAGCCAAGAAUACAGAGUCCCUUGUUCGUAGCCAUCUCAUCACUGUCUCUCCCUCCGGACUACUCACCUGCGCCGGAGGAAAGUGGACUACCUAUCGCCGAAUGGCUGAAGAGACUGUUGAUGAAGCUACCAAGACCUUCAAUCUGACAUCUCAGGCCACUACUCUUCCCGACAUCAGCGGUGCGCAUCUCCCACAAUUCACUACCAAUGGCAAUUGCUCUACAGAAAAACUCCCUGUCGUCGGCGCCCACGGUUAUUCACCAGCGUUGGCGUCACAGUUAAUGGAACUUCACCGCAUCGAUGUCGAUGUUGCCCAUCACCUUGCCACCAACUAUGGAGAUCGCGCCUGGUCCAUUCUCGCCAACUCUCCAUCGCAAUACACGCGCCUGUUACCAUCAUUCCCCAUUUUGGAAGCUGAGAUUCAGCACGGAGUCCGAUCCGAGUCAGCUUGCACAGUCCAAGAUAUCAUUUCACGGCGGACACGAUUGUCUUUUCUCGAUGUUGAAGGGGCUCUCAAGGCACUUCCACGCGUCAUUGAUAUCAUGGCGGAUGAGCUAGACUGGAGCGAGUCGCGCAAACAAGCCGAGUGGCUACAAACGGUCAAUUUCUUAAAAUCUAUGGGCUUAGCCCCGGAGAAGUGUGCCACGACUCGUGAGCAAGCUCCUGUGGGUAUUGCAACAUCUAGAAAGCUUGCGAUACAGGGUGUGUCAACAUCGGGUGGAAUUCUGCUAGAUUGUUAA